AUGCCGUCAGUAACCUCUGAGGGACCCACGGUCACCCUCUCUUUCGCCAACAACUUCUGGGGCAAAGAUGAUGCCGGAGUCCCACCCAUGCUCGAGCGCAUGCAUGCCGCCAAGCAGACUUGUGAUGAGCUCCGAUCAUUCUACGCCACACGCGCAUCCAUCGAGGAUGAAUAUUCACGCAAGCUGAUGUCCCUCUGCCGGAAGUCGCUCGGCUCCCAGGAGAUGGGCAGUCUGAAGACGUCCCUGGAUACUGUCCGAGGCGAGGUCGAGUGCAUGGCAAAGCAGCACCAGAAUAAUGCAGCCCAGAUGAGGUCAGAGCUUGAGGAGCCACUGGCUGCUUUCGCAGGCGGCAUGAAGGAGCGCCGGAAAAUCGUACAAAAUACAAUCGAGAAGCUGCUCAAGGUGAAGCAACAACAGACCGCGCUUGUCAACAAGACAAGAGACCGAUACGAGCAAGAGUGCCUCAAGAUCAAGGGAUAUCUCGCCCAAGGUCACAUGGUCAUGGGCCAGGAGGAGCGAAAGAACAAGGCCAAGCUCGAGAAGACACAGAUAAGCUUAGCAACGUCCAAUACUGAGUAUGAGGCUGCCGUUAAAGCCUUGGAGGAGACCACUGCGAGGUGGAAUCGGGAGUGGAAGGCAGCUGCCGACAAAUUCCAGGACCUGGAGGAGGAACGUCUUGACUUCACAAAGAGUAGCCUCUGGACCUUCGCCAACAUCGCCUCGACUGUUUGUGUUAGUGACGACGCGUCAUGUGAGAAGGUGCGACUGUCUUUGGAGAAGAUGGAAGUCGAGAAGGAUAUCAUCACCUUCAUUAGGGAGAGGGGCACUGGACAAGAGAUCCCAGACCCACCAAAAUACAUCAACUUCUGUCGUGGGGACGUCGAAACACCGACCGAGGAGACGGAGGAUGAGGCUUACUCUGUAGCCCAGUUCCCUCGGAGUAUCAACCCGGCCUUCCGCUCAUCAUCGCCGCAACCGUCAACCUACGAAUCCCACCAUGAUCCCACUUCCGCCUUGGCAAAAGAAAUGGGUCAUGACUUCGGGGCGCCUGGCGGCAGAGAACGGACGAUAACACCACAGAGGCUGCCAGGACAAAGCAGUGAAGCUCGGAAUAGCAGGGACAUGCCUCGUGAUUUGCAGAGGCCAGUCCCCCCAGAGUUCGACCCCAACGAGUUUGCACCUGUUCCUCAUGAUCCGUACCCAAUGGACGGUAUGACGAUGCUUUGCCGUACUGGCAAUCCUAAUGGCUCAGAUCUAGGCUCGCAGCUUAGCGCAACUUCGGGCUCUCAACUCAGCGGAACAUCAGGCUCUGAGCGGCCAAUGAGCAGAGAUGAACAUAGCGACUACUCCGCCCCGACAUCCUACUCGAGUCGAGAUCCAAUGAGCGGGAAGACCUCUCCUGUCAAGCAGGACGCGGUCAUCCCUCCUGCGUCUCCAGCCUCUGGGGGAGACAGGAAGGUAGCGAAGAAGAGAAGUGGUUUCUUCCAGAACAAAAGCCCUUUCAGCAGACGGAAGAGCACCAGGGACGCCAGAGAGAUUCAAUCAAACAACAGGAACACCUGGCAUGUCGGAAACAGCAUGACAGGCUCUGAUCGGGAUAUCCCACAAAAUCUGUUGCCAGACAGAUCAGUUGCCAGCCCUGAUCCCAUAGACGCCAACGCUGAUGUGGCCAUCAACAUCGGGGAGAAUGUGCUGCCUGUCAAGCUUCCCGGUAGACAAAAGUCUGCACCUGAGCCGGAGGCCCAGGAGGAUGACCCGAUCGCGCAAGCACUGGCGGAGCUCAAGGGUGUUACGUUGGGCAAGCAGUCAUCCGUUCGCAUGUCUGCGGACCACUAUCACGGCAUUGCCACUCCUGCCCCGGGAUCGCAACCGUUCUCUCGAUCAGUGCCACCACUCAGUGGCAACAGCGCCGCCGCAUCCGGUAUGAGGGGAACACCGCCUCCAUCCUAUGACCAACCGGUACACAGGCUCGGUGUUCCAUCGCCCGCGGUCACGUCCAAGGCCAUGAAGCAGACCUCGCAGAAAUACACCCAACAGACUCGUAGCCUCUUCUCUGGAGACAGGCCUGGCUCAGGAGGCUACAGGUCACCUUCCCGUCCACCAACCCGCGGCAAUGACAUGCCACGAGCCGCGUCUCCUGCCCCACCUCGAAGCGCCUCUCCACUGCCAGGCAUGAACAAUCGAUCGGCGUCCCCCAACCCGUACGCAGCAAGCCAGCGUGGCAGCACGAACUCGCGUCAUGGUUCUGUUCAAAUGGACGCUAGAAACUCCCCCCAGGGCUUCUACCGCCAGAACACGCCCAACGACAUGACGCGCGCAGCCUCGCCGCAGCCAUUCCGCGGAACAGCCGACUACGGACGGCCUGCCAGUAGGGCUGGUAGCAGUUAUAGCGCAUAUCCAGGUGGUGACAUGCCUCGGGGGAUGUCUCCAGCGCCCACGGACGACUCGUAUGGCGGGUCGACGAGGGGACGAGGUGGGCGACCAGGAACAAGUCAGGGUAACAGGGCCAUGGGUCUCUAUGAGCCUCCAGGAGCGAUGGCGCCCGCAUCCAGGCAGCGCAGCAAGAGCGUCGCCGACGGAGGAAGGCAGUACACUCCUGAUGGGAGACCGAUUUUGCAUUUCGCUCGUGCCAUGUACAUGUACCAAGCAGCAAUCCCGGAGGAGCUUGGAUUCAACAAGGGUGACAUUCUUGCCGUCCUACGCCACCAGGACGACGGGUGGUGGGAGGCCGAAGUGCACGGCGCCAAUGGCCAGUCCGGGCUGGUCCCGAGCAACUACCUGCAGACCAUUUAG